AUGCUGCGGAUACUGUGUGUCAUUUAUUUCAGUUGGCUGAGCAGAGUCAAUUGCCAAUUGAUUUCUAAGGUGGAUUAUGACUGGGAGAAUUACACACUUCCAGCCGUUGAGCCUCGAGUUAAGGUGAUAACUGGGGUCGACAUCAUAGCUGGCCACAAUUAUCCAGUGGAGACGCACACUGUCACCACUCGAGAUGGUUAUAUCCUCGAAAUGUUUCGGAUUCCGUCUUCAAACCUUUGUGGUCGAAACGGGACAAAGUCAGUCGUCCUGAUCAAUCAUGGUAUGACUGGAUCGGCAGACUCUCACCUUUUAAAUGGACCCAACGAUGGACUGCCAUAUUUGUUGGCCGACGCCUGCUACGAUGUGUGGCUGACCAACUGCCGCGGAACCCGGUAUUCUAGGCGCCACGUUAAACUUAAGGCUUCAAAGAUGAAGUACUGGCGGUUCAGUUGGCAUGAAAUCGGAAUGGAGGACUUGCCCGCCAUGAUCAAUCAUAUGCUAGCAAAAACAAAACAGCAGGCCUUCCAUUUUGUGGGCCACUCGCAGGGAACCACCUCCCUGAUGGUGCUGCUCAGCCUGCGACCGGAGUUUAAUGCGAAGAUCAAGACUGCUAAUUUGAUGGCUCCGCCGAUCUUUAUGAAGAAUUCCCUCUCAACAUUCCAAAAGCUUAUUAAGCCCGUAUUGCAAAGGUUGCCCGAUUUCGAGUUAUUGCCCAAUCACAAGGCGAUUCAUUCUAUUGUAGCAAGGAAGUGUAAUAUACUUGGCUUGAAGGAGAUCUGCAUCGCCUUGUAUAUCUUCUCCCAGGGACCAGUGUCCCUACACUUUAACAGGACUCUCGUUCCCUUGCUAAUCGCUACUCACCCGGCUGGAAUUUCGACUAGACAGCCGAAGCACUAUUACCAGCUUAAGGACUCCGGCAAGUUCCGACCUUACGACUUUGGGCUCAAGCAGAAUUUGGCGCUCUACAAGAAGUUCAGUCCCCCUGAUUAUCCCUUGAAUAAAGUCCGUCCUUUGUCGCCCAUUCACUUGUGGUACAGCGACGACGAUGGCACCAUCUCGCCAAAGGACAUCCCAACGCUGGUCAGCAAGUUGUCCAGUGUGGUGACACAUCGUAUCACGGAUCCUACCUGGGAUCACACGGACUUCCUUUUCUCGAAGACCAUAAAAUCGAAGAUCAAUCUACCGAUUAUAAAUAUUAUAAACGAAUUCGAGAGCAGUCCUGCCAACAGUCAGCUUAAAAAACAGGAUAGAUCAGUCAAAAAGAGCGGGAAUAAAAAGAAAACAAAACCUUAACAAGAAAGG